AUGGCUUCUUCUUUGUCUACCUCUCGCUCCCACCACCGCAUAAACUCCAUCUCCUCAUUUCUUGGUCCUCUGCGGUUCCUGUUCCUUAUUGCCUCCCUCCACGACUCUUUGCUGCUAGUCGACGCCACCGCCUCCUCCCUGAAGCUCACAUUCACCGCCCCGGCCAAGUACUGGACCGACGCCAUUCCCAUUGGCAACGGCCGCCUCGGCGCCAUUGUCUGGGGCGGCGUAGCAAACGAGACUCUUCAGCUUAACGAUGAUACGUUGUGGACCGGCGUUCCUGGAAGCUACUCCGAUCCCAAUGCGCCGGCGGCUCUAUCGGUGGUCAGAAAGCUCGUUAGUUCCGGACUCUACCCGGAAGCAUCCGCGGAGGCGAUUAAAUUGUCAGCAACUCCUUCUCAGGUUUACCAGCUGCUCGGGGACAUAGUGCUUGAAUUUGACGCCUCGCAUCAGAAAUACGAUCCAACCACAUACCUCAGAGAACUGGAUUUGGAGACUGCAACCGCUACAGUGAAAUAUUCGGUUGCGGGUGUGGACUACACAAGGGAGCAUUUCGCCACAAACCCUCACCAAGCAAUAGUGACCAGAAUUUCUGGGAGCAAACCAGGGUCUUUGUCAUUCACUCUUCAUCUGCACAGCAAGCUGAAUCACACCACUACGCUCCUCCCAGGGCAAAACCAAAUCCUACUGCAAGGAAGCUGCAGGGGACACCCCAACGGAAUUCGCUUCGCAGCCAUGCUGGACUUGAGGAUCCGAGGAGGGGAAAAAGCAGCCGUCAGCGUCUUAGAUGGUGGGAACAAGCUCAAGGUUGAUCUCGCCGAUUCGGCAGUGCUCAUUCUGGUGGCUUCAUCUUCAUUCGAUGGGCCUUUCACUAGCCCUGUCGAUUCCAACAAGGACCCAAAUUCAGACUGCCACAAGGCGUUGAGCUCACUUGCCAAUGUGGCGUACGCGGAUCUAAGAGCGAGGCAUUUGGAGGAUUAUCAGAGCCUUUUCCGCCGCGUUUCGUUGCAGCUGUCUCCUGGCUCCAACUCAGACUCAGACUCAGGGGGCCAUGUUGUGGCAACUGCAGAGAGGGUCAAGUCCUUUAAGACAGACGAGGAUCCGUCGCUGGUGGUUCUCAUGUUCCAGUACGGUCGUUACUUGCUGAUAUCUUGUUCCAGGCCUGGCACCCAGGUGGCAAAUUUGCAGGGGAUAUGGAACAAGGAUGUCAACCCGCCAUGGGAUGGGGCUCAACAUUUGAACAUCAAUCUGCAAAUGAACUACUGGCCAGCACUGCCGUGCAAUCUCAAGGAAUGCCAAGAGCCAUUGUUCGACUACAUGUCCUCCCUUGCAGUCAACGGGAAGAAGACCGCUAAAGUGAACUACGGAGUUAACAAUGGCUGGGUUGCUCAUCAGGUCAGUGACAUAUGGGCUAAAACGUCUCCAGAUCAGGGAGAUGCCGUAUGGGCUAUGUGGCCGAUGGGUGGUGCUUGGCUUUGUACUCACGUGUGGGAGCAUUAUAGCUAUACAAUGGACAAAGACUUCCUCGGGAAGAAGGGCUACCCUUUGUUGGAAGGAUGUGCAGAGUUUCUGCUAGGCUGGUUAGUGGUGGGCCAGGGAGGUCAUUUGGAAACCAACCCAUCAACUUCUCCUGAGCACAAAUUCAUUGCUCCAGAUGGCAAGCAAGCUAGUGUGAGCAACUCAACAACUAUGGACAUGUCAAUCAUAACACAAGUCUUCUCAGAUAUUCUUGCCGCUGCUGAGACUCUAGGGAGGCAGAAUGAUGAACUCGUUCACAAAGUUCGUCUCGCUAGAGCCCGCCUGCCACCCACUAAAAUUGCCAAGGAUGGCACCGUCAUGGAAUGGGCUUUUGAGUUUGAAGACCCAGAGCCUCAGCACAGGCACGUUUCUCAUCUCUUUGGGCUGUUCCCUGGCCACGCCAUUACUCCUCAACACACUCCUGACCUUUGCAGUGCUUCUGAAAAGACUCUUGUCAAGAGAGGUGUCGAGGGUCCAGGAUGGUCGACCGUGUGGAAAACUGCACUGUGGGCAAGGCUACAAAAGAGCAACAAGGCAUACGAAAUGGUGAAGCAUUUAUUCAACUUGGUGGAUCCAGCCCAUGAAGGAGACUACGAAGGAGGAGUUUUUAGCAACUUGUUUACAGCUCACCCACCAUUCCAGAUUGAUGCCAACUUGGGCUUCUCGGCAGCUAUAGCAGAGAUGCUAGUACAAGGCACAGGGACUGAUCUGUACUUGCUACCUGCUCUUCCACGCGACAAGUGGCCCGAUGGGUGUGCCAAGGGGUUAAGGGUGAAAGGAGGGGUGACCCUCAACCUGUGCUGGAAGCAAGGCCAGCUCGAUGAAGUUGGUGUUUGGUCAACGGAAGGCGAUUCUGUGCAACAAUUGCACUAUGGAGAAAAGAUGGUGAAGGCGAGUGUUGUGUCAUGUAAUGUGUACACGUUCAACAGGAAUUUGGUGUGUGUAAGUACUGAAUCCCUUUCGGAAGAAGGUAGUUCUUGUUGA